UACAGCAUCGUACAACUGUGUUUAUUUAGGCUGAGCAAAAAUCUAAAAUAAUGCCUGGUUGUACUUUACAGAUAUUCUCAUAUUUAAACCCGAAUAAAAACACAUGUAGUUAACUUGCUCCAAGGCAUAAAGGCAAAGUUAUAUCCCCACACAGAUUAUUCACCUGUUUUUCAUUUCCUCUACUGGAUCGUUGACAUAUCUCUGAAAACUAAGCUGUUUUGUUCACCACUUUUCUCUGGAAACCAGAAAGGCAGCAGCACUUCUUCAGAGAACUCUAAGUUAAACUAUUUCAGUUCUGCUUUGAGAAGAUGAGGCUGUGUCUCCUGCUCUGCAUCCUUUGUGUGAUUGCUGCUAUUGGCUACACUCAUCAUUCCAGUAACACCAAAAUUCCUGGACCACCGGGGCCACCAGGGCCACCGGGGCCACUUGGGCCACCGGGACCACCAGGGGCAGCAGGGCCACCGGGGGAAGCAGGGCCACCCGGGGCAUCAGGACCACCGGGGGCAGCAGGUCCACCAGGAACAGCAGGGUCAGUGGGGAGAACAAGACCACAGGGGCCACCAGGACUUCGAGGGCUAAAAGGAAUACCAGGAUUUCCUGGAUUACAUGGACGUGUGGGACUUAAGGGGAAAAGAGGACAUCCAGGAGAGCAAGGACUCCCUGGACCAGCUUCAACGUGUGGAAACGAUUUCAUUGCACCUCUUUACCAGGACCUUGAACCAUUAAAGGAGGCCGUUGCUAAAUUAGACCUUGUCACGACCUACGACUUUGUCAAGAGGGUUGGCCAGAAAUAUUUCGUGUCCCAUAGGGAGACGGGCUCGUUCUCGGGGGCUGUGGAGUUCUGCUCCAGUCAAGGCCUAGAGCUGGCUUUGCCACAGAACGAAGACGAGAACAACAUGUUGACCCGGGUGUUUGGUGAAACUGUCAAAAAGGCCUGGAUCAGCGUAAACCAUAAAAAAUCAGAGGGGGACUUUACUACUGAUGUGAAAAACCGACCUCUGGUCUUCACCAAAUGGGCAGAAGAACAGCCAGAAAGAUCCAUCCAGGACACGGGCUGCAGCUUGCUGUCAGAAAACGGCAGGUGGCGGGUGACACGUGAUUGUUCUCAGAAGGCUUUUAUUGUUUGUCAGGUCCAGUAGAGCUCCUCCAGCAGGUGUUCUAGCGUUCUAGUAGCUAAAGGUUUGGUUUGUUCUAGAGUCCCUGUCUUCUCACUGUGACACAGUCCACCCCCCA